AUGUCGAUAGCAGCAACAUCAGCAAUAAAGUCUAUGGCGUCAAGUAUAAAGUUAGCUGCUACUACAGCUACCCCGCCAAAACGAAUGCGCUCUAUGAAAGCAGCAUUGACAUUGACACCAGCAGCGGUAAACAGACUACGACAAUUAGUCCGUGAUCCAGAUCCAAAGCUGAUACGUGUUGCAGUAAAGAACAAGGGUUGUGCAGGACUAUCUUAUGUGCUGGAGUAUACGAAAAAUAAAGGAAAAUUUGAUGAAGAGGUGACACAAGAUGGUGUCACCGUCCUUAUAGACUCCAAAUCUCUUUUCAAAAUGCUCGGUUCAGAAAUGGACUAUGUAGAGGACAAACUCUCGUCGAAAUUUGUAUUUAAUAAUCCGAAUGUUAAGGAAAGUUGUGGGUGUGGUGAGAGUUUCACUGUAUAA